AUGAAGAUCUCAGUCUCCAACCUCCUCUCCCAGCUCUUCUCCUCCCUCUAUCUCUCCGUCUUGCGUCCCUCUCCAGAGGGGUUGGAGGUCAGCCUGGUCCAGGGGCAAGGGGGUACCCCCUCCUGCCUGCCCUACCCAGCCCAGGACACCCUAUCCCGGGCUCUGGAGAAGGCCUACCUGGGUGAUACCCUCACCCUCCAGGCAUAUGUAGGAGCUGGAAUCAGGGUGCAGUUCCACUGGAGAUUCAUCAGUGAUAAUGAAAAGGAAGAGGAAGAGGAGGGGAAGAGGAGGGAUGUAAAGAUAGACUGCCUUCCUGAUUCUGAUUGUCUGAGCAGCACUGUGGCGGUGGUGAGGCGUGUUGUGUGUGAUUUGACUCUGGAGAGUCGGUCUGGGUACCAUCUGGCUGCUGGUCAGAACAUUUCUGUGGACCUGCAGCUCUACACCACGCAGAGACAGAGCCUAAUGCUCAACCUCACACUGACCUACCAGGGAAAACACAGCGUCAACCAAGACCAUGUCCACAACCUCAACCAAACCUUCAAUCAUGACGAUGCUGACCAUGAAAACAAUCAAAACCAUGACCAAACAGAAGAUCACAACCUCAAUCAAAACCAAACCCACAGUCAUGAACUUGACCACUUCUACAACUUUACCCUAGCGCUUGAACUCAACCACAACCAAACCCAUGGUCAUGACAAUGAUGAUCACACCGUGUCCCUCCAAUUCACCCACACCCUCUCCCUGUCCUCCUACCCCCAGCUCUCAAGCCCCCUGCACCUCUGCUCCUCCUAUGGCCAGACCAGCUGCCACCUCCAGUUCCACCUGCACUACCCCCUCCCCUCCACCGUGGGACAGUAUACCCUCUCAGCCACAGUCUUCUCCCUCUCUGAUUCUGCUGUGCCGCUACUCUCCGCCUGUCUCCCUUGCCCCCUGGUGGUGUACGACCGCAUACGCACCCUCUGGCCGGCUGGAACGUGGAGCGCUGUGGUUCCGUCACGGUCAGAACUCAACCUCGUGGUCACCAGCCAGGCUGACCGCAUGGGUUCUAAGGUGCUUUGGACAGUUGCUAGGGGCAACACUACUGUGCUCAACAGGAUCACUGAGGGCUGGACCGUGACCAUGACAUUCGUGAUCGCAGGGACCUAUCUGGUCACGGUCAAAGCCUUCAACCCAAUCAGCUGGGUUGGCUUCCACACACACUUCCUGGUCCAAGAUCCAGUCGGAGAAUUUUUGUUGAACAUACCAAGAGUAGUCACGGUCAACUGUCUGACCGCAGCGUUGUUCACCAUCACAACAGGGUCGAACAUGUCUGUGGUGGUGUUAACGAACACAUCCGUGCUGUACCAGAACAACAGCUACACAGCAGGGGAGGAGGUGACCGUGGCUGGUCAGAAAGUGGUCACACACGGUCACCAUGGAUAUAACUCUACCACCUGUCACCUGGCCGAGCCUAGCCCUCAGUACCAAGGAGCUUUGAUAUUAGCACAUGAGGUAACCACGGAGGAGCCAAUUGGUGACGUCCUCUUAGUGUUGGCCACACCUGCCGUGAUCCGAUUAGCUGACUUCAUCAACGCAACAGCUUUAGUGGUCAGAGGCGGGGCCAUGGUGUUUGAGUGGCAGGUGUCUCUCCCAGAAUUCACCACUCACAGUCACACAGACAGGAACACCAGUGUGAGCUCCCUUCAUCUCCAGGCAGUUGUUCCAGGGAUGUAUAACAUUACCGUGACAACCUACUGUCCCCUGGGCCACACCUCAGUCAGCCGACACCUAGAGGUCAGGGUUCAUGGCCCUGUGGGUCAAGUUCAGGUCCAGUACCCAUUUGGGUCGGAUAGGGCAGCGCUCCACCUGCAGGCUGUUGGGACCUACGCCACGCCCCUCCUCCUGUUCAGAGGACACUCCUUCUCCCACAGCGCCCAUUUUGUUUUUGACUUCGGAGACGGGUUGCCAACUUCAUAUGUGAACGGUGUCUCUCAUUCGCUGGGAAAGACUGCAUCCACAUAUCACCAGUUCACUAAAGAGGGAGUGUUCCAGAUCAGAGUGUGGGCCUAUAAUGAGUUCUACAGAAGUAUGGCUACGGAACGUGUGUUCUAUGUAGAGAAGGUUCCAGCGGGUCUAGACCUCUCUGCCCACUCAAGUGUGGUUCAUAAGAACCAGGUGGUUCUCUUUGAGGCUCUGUUAGAACAGGGAACUAACGUCUCAUACACCUGGAGUAUGGGAGACCAGACCACCUAUGUCAAUGCAGGUGCUGUAGUGUCCCACGUGUUCCUGUCUGUGGGUGCGUUUGAGGUGUGUGUGUUGGCUGAGAACAAAGUGGGGAGUGUGAGCCACUGUGUCCCCGUCUCUGUGCUGCACCGGAUGCAAUCUGUGAGUAUCCACACAGAGAAACAGGCGUAUGCCACAAACACUGAUAUAACAUUCCGGGCCCGGACAGAAGAACCGGACCCUGUGGAAUUCCUCUGGCACUUUGGAGAUUCCCGACCCCUUCGGACCACGUCACGCUCCUUAAAAAAGACAUACCACACACCUGACAGGUACAGUGUGGUGGUGGUAGCCUCCAACGGGCUGAGCUCCUUCACCUCCGAGGUGCAUCCUGUCCUGGUCCAGAGAGCUGUGCGUCCUAACAGAUUGCUCCUCCAGCCGUCUGUGGUUCUGAACCACACCACCAGCUUCACCUGUAGGGUCAACUCUGGAACCAACCUUUCCUACUCCUGGAGCUUUGGAGACGGAACCUCCAGGACGGGAGGGAACACAGAACAGCAUGUAUUCCACAGGACAGGAGAGUUCACAGUUGAGGUGACCGUGUCUAACCUGGUCAGCUCUGCCUCCCUGACCGCACAGAUGUUUGUGGUCGACCGCCCCUGUAAACCUCCAGCUGUUAAAAACAUGGGACCACUCAAGAUACAGGCACGGAGGUAUGAGCCAGUGGGUCUGGGGGUGACGUAUGAGGCAGAGGUCCAGUGUGAUGUGUUCCAGGGUCUGGAGUACAACUGGUCUCUGUAUAACUCUACAGGCCUGCCUGUACCUCUACCUCCUGUUCACACAGACAGACAGAGCAUCACCCUACCCAGCCACUUCCUACACUAUGGUAUCUACACCGCUAUAGCCAAGGUCCAGAUCGUGGGCAGUGUGGUGUACAGUAAUUACAGUGUAUGUGUGGAGGUGGUGCCCAGUCCUCUGGUCUCCUUCAUCCAUGGAGGCACCAACGUGUUCCUCAGCAGCAGAAACAGCAGCAUUAUCUCCCUAAACGGACAACACUCCUAUGACCCCGACUACCCCAUGAACCACCUCAGCUAUAGCUGGACCUGUAAGCCAAUCAGUGCCAUCGACAGCUCCUGUUUCGACCAAUAUGUGCCCACCUCCUUCUCUGUGAUCGUGUUUCCAGUGUGGUUCCUGAAACGGGACUUUGACCAGUUCAGGUUCAUGCUCACGGUCCAGAGUGGAGAACGCUCAUCUACAGCUGACACCUUCAUCACGGUCACACCCAGCCUGCUCAGGAGAGUGUCAGUGUAUUGUUACCAGUGCCAGGGGGACGUAGUGAACUGGGACCAGUCGUUCUCAGUCAGAGCAGUGUGUGAUAGCUGUGGCCCCUCCCCCAGAACCAUCAGCUACACCUGGACUCUCUACCUGGUCGACUCCUCCAGUAAGGUGGACACAGACGUUCCCUUCUGCCACAGUGUGGAUCUGAGUAUUCCCUCCAACAUCAUUAGUGGCCCUACCUUUCCCCUGCCUCCAGCCCUGACUCUCACCCCUCCAUCAUCACCCCCGCACACACCCUCAACCACAGCCAACGUGAUGUCCUCAUCCACAGAGAUAUCCUCAAAUAUGACAUCAAUCCCAGCCAGCUUGGUGACCAGUCUGAUGUCAUCAAACGUGACCAGCCAUACUGAGAUACAAACUACGACCCCCACAACUCCCGACCCAGUCCCCCUGCCUCCCUUCACCCCGUUGCCCCCCUUCCCCCUCUCUUCUCCAUCACCUGGUGGUCGCCCCCAGAAACAGAGGUCACAGGGUUCAGUAGAACUUCAGAGAAUCAAUAGCGCAGCUGGGAACAACCAAACACCAAACUACAGCCCUCCAUUUCUCUCUUUACCAAACCACGGUGUUUUGGCCAACCCUUCACCAAACUCCUCCCCCGAGCCCAUCUCUGCUCCAAUCAGCUUCACUCCUGAUACACCUGAGCCAGACUUGGGAGGUUUUGACCCCGGUGGGCCCCCUUACCUCAUCUCAGAGUACCCUGUAGUUACCUUACGCGAUGGCAGCAUCCUUUACUCUGCCCCCCUUGGCCAGAGUGACAUCAUCGAGGAAUUCCCCAUCGAUCCCGAUUUUCCCAAUGACUACGACUUCCCUUUCCCCGUCCUGGAGAGUGGAGAUGUGAGUGGACGUCCUGUUGAGGGCUCCUUUCCUGGACAGUCAGUCAGUGGUGGAGUGUUAGGACCCUUCCCCGGAUCAGAUUAUCAUGUUCCCUUCCUGGGGAUAGAGGAGGGAGACCCGGGAGUGUCAGUGGGCAGACCAACAGGUGUGGGUGGUGGGAGCUCAGAGGGUGACUCUGCUCCUGCUGUCCCAGGAUCAGCUGAGGAUGAGGGGAGUAACCUGAUGGACUCCAGCCCCUCCCUGGUGGUCCUUGACCCCACACUACUAGACCUGCCCAGAGAACUGUUAGAGCAGGAGCUGUUUGAGUCCUACACAUACACAGGAAUCUCCUCUGCUCUCAUCACGUUCAGACCUUUCACACUGAGAGCUGGAAGCAGAUACAUGUUGGAGGUCACAGCUAACUCCCACGAUGCAGUACUGGGGCGGACUCAGCUGUUCCUGUCCACUAGCCCCAGCCCCCAAGGGAUAACCUGUCAGGUGCAGCCUAGCAGUGGCUUCGAGAUACACACACACUUCAGCAUCUUCUGCACCUCGGCGAAAGAGGACCUGCUGUAUGAGUACAGUUUCAGUAUAGGAAACAGCCCUCCUAAGACCCUGUACCAAGGAAGAGACUUUCAGUACUUCUUCAACCUGCCAUCUGGAGACCCUCAGGAUAACUAUAAAGUCACUAUCUAUACAGAGGUCAGGAACAGGUUUGGAGCAGCAACUGCACCCUGUCCUGUAACCGUCACAGUCCACCCCAGCUUCAUCAGGAACACCUCCUCUAACUACAACCCUGAUAUGGAACUUUUUGAGUCAGGUUUGAGGAACCUGUCUGAUCUGGUCCAGUUGGGGAACAGUGUAGAGAUCCGUAACUACAUCAUCCUCCUGUCCAGCGUCCUCAACAGACUCAGCCAGGACCCCACAGCCAACACACACACUCAGACACACACACGCACCGCACUCAUCAACGCUGUUUGUCAGCUCGACAUCAAUGACCAGCGGUCCAUGACAGACAACAUCUACAUGCUCAAAGACCUGAUGCACCUCACCCACCAGGUAUCGUUAGCCAGUGCCAGUGUGGUGGUGGGUCAUGUCCAGUCCAUCUCAGACCUGUUCCACCAGCCCAGUGUUCCUGUUCCCUACCUAUUGGACAGCUGGACCCUCAACACUCUGGUCACACUGCUGUCAUACAGCCUGCAGGCCACCCCCACUACUAAUGAUGUCAGGCAAGACCAGGCCACUGCUGAUGAUGUCAUACAGGCCACGCCUACCCUCAAAGAACAGGCCAUACAACUCACGACUGACAGUCUGCAGACUACUGAUCAAUUACUACUGAAAUACAUCCUGUUCAAUAAGGUCGAGCAGCACAAUGUGACCACCAGUGUCAUGGACCUACAGACCACUCACCACCACCGUGGUCUAACCACAGUCAUCAGCUCUGGCUCGGCCACCUUCUACCUGCCUGACUCCCUGGACCUGAUCCUGUACGGUCGUAGGAGGAGAGAAACCGCAGAUGGAACACAGAGUCUCUGUGUCCUCAGCCAGCUGACCACGUUCACACACAACCUCUACUUCUGGACCAAGACACCUGUACUGCUGAGUGGGCCAGUGAUUGACCUGACUCUGUACAACUGCAGCACAAGGAGAGAGAUUCCAGUACGCUCGCUCUCCCAACCAAUCAACAUUGAGUUCCCCAAAACACCUAGAAAUGUAAGUUCUUUAUCGAAGUUCACUCUCCUGCGUAGCCAGGUGAACUACCAUGGUUUGAACAUUACCCAGCAGGCCUUGCAGGAGGCCAUACUGGUCAGUGUGGAAUUCACGCGGCCCCCCAACAAGACCUUUCCCAUCAUGCUCCUCUUCAGGAUGUUUGAGAGGCCGACCCCCAGCUUGUAUCACAUCCACAGCAUCUAUCACUGGGACGGAAACACCACUUACAUCACCCUGCCUCCAUCAUACCUCACUGCUGCAGGGACAGGCUACCUGGCUCUACUCAACGCUGACUACAAAAAGACCCCCAGACACAAGUACAUGAGCAGACAAGUGAACUACACAUUGAGACUGGAGACCAGCCAGUGUCUAUCAUGGGACCACCAGGAGGGCUGGACACACACCAGCUGCACACCUCAACUAGGACUGACCUCACACACCAGGGUCAACUGCAGUUGUAGCCACUUGAGCCCAUUGACCGUGGUCCAGCAGCAGAUCCAGAGCAGCCAUGACGACUCAGCAGACCUGGCCCAGUUCAUCAGUCUCCCCAGUGAUGUGACGGUGGUGUGUGUGUGUGUGGUGUGUGUGUGUCUGUAUGCUCUGGGCAUGGUGGUGUGUAAGAGAGCUGACCUCAUCUCAGAGAGGAACCAGGGAGUCUACUACCUGUCUGAUAACGCUCCUUCAGACACACACCUCUACUCUGUUACUAUACACACCGGCCUCCGCUCCUCACCCAGCAUGACCGCCAAGGUCCAUAUCGUGCUGUAUGGGGAGGAUGGGGUGUCACAGACCAGACAACUACAUGACCCAGAAUGCCUUCUGUUCAGAAGGAACUCCAGGAACACCUUUAUACUGAGUACUGUAGACAGUCUAGGCCCUCUGUGGGGGCUGCACCUGUGGCAUGAUAACACUGGCCCCUCCCCCACCUGGUACCUCAGACAGGUGGAGGUGUGUGAGGUGAAGGGCAAGGGGCGGAGCUGGCUGUUCCUAGGCCAGUGCUGGUUGGCUGUUGACGAGGGUGACAGACAGGUGGAGAGGAGACUCAGGGUCUGUGAUCAGGGGCCAGGAUUCACCAAGCUGCUGUAUCUGAAGCUGUCAGAGUAUCUGUCAGACUUCCACCUGUGGUUGUCUGUGUACAGUGGUCCCUCCCCUAGCAUGUUCACUCACACACAGCGCCUCAGUGUGUGUCUGCUGCUGCUGCUGGGGUACAUGUGUGUCAACGCGUUACUCAUAUCUGUCCUCGAUGACCAAUACACCUCAGAGCUGGGCAUCAUCGACGUGUCUACCGUUUCCCUAACGACGGGGUUGCUCAGCGCGCUGGCUGUGUUGCCCGUAGCGUCCGCGCUGUCCUUCCUGUUCCGUCAGCGUGAGGUCAGAGUAAAGAGGUCAGAGGUCAAACAGGACAUGGUCAGACUGCCAGACAUCUACUCUAUAGAAGCUGAUGCGCUGAUUGUGAGUGACUGUGUGUUUGACUCUCUCUCCUGGAACAAUCUGCAGCAGUGUGCACAGGAGGCCUGGAGGAAGAAAUAUGAGGGCUCAGUGCCGAAUAGGGAUCUGGUAACUCAAAGAGGAGAUCUGGUAAUACGGCGCAGUCAGGAUCUGGUAAGGGAUCUGCUGACCCAGGAGAAAGUCUCCUCAGAUUGCAACUCCAGUGGUUUUGACAACAGCUUGCUUGGCAGAUUGCUAGGCAACAGUGUCCCAGACAACAACAGCGUUAGCAAGGAGAGGGAUCGUAACCUCAACGAUAGCUCCAAACUGCUAGGCACCAACCAGGUGGGCAACAGUACCAGCAGAUGCUUAGGGGGCAGGCUCAGCCCUCUACCCCGCUGGAGUCACCUCCUAGCCUGGGUACUGUGUUUGGCCCUGGGCCUCUCCUCUCUAGUGGUCACUAUCGUCUUGGGGAUCAGGUUCAGCAGCAGUAAGACUUUACUGUGGAUCCAUUCUGUCUUCUUCUCCCUGCUCUCCUGUGUCUUCCUCAUCCAGCCAGCCGUGAUCCUUGCCGUGGCUGUGGUGGUCUCCUUCUGGCGCAGGAAGCGUCCAGACUUCUCAAGUUUCUCAGGAGUUCCUGGGUUUCAGGCAGAAACUCUGAAACUGUGGACCCAAGAUGGCUCCUGUGUCCCAGAGCUCUUCCUGCUCAGCCCUCCUCAUCCGCCCCAGGAGAGAUGCUCUCACUUUGACAGGGUGCUGGCGGCCCGUCAGAGGGCUCGGUAUCUGCGUCUGGUACGCCCACCCACUUCUGGGGAGCUGAGGAGGACAGGGGGGAGGAAGAGGAGAGAAACACUCAUUCGCAAAACACUCAGGGAGAUGACAGUGUGUGUCUCCAUGCUGUUCCUCCUACUGUGUGUAACCUAUGGCAGCUCCUUUAGAGACCAGUAUCACCUCAACCAUGCCGUCCGAACACAGUUCACCAGGAGCCCACAUAACCCCUUCCUGUCCAUCCAAACGCAUGAGGAGUGGUGGAACUGGACCUUAACCAGUGUACUGGAUGGUCUGGUCUGGGACAACUGGUAUAACAACAUAUCAGCAACUGGGAAGGCAGGUGCUGUCCAGGGAACAUGUAUUCUGAUAGGAGAGCCCAUCUUGAGGAAGAUUGAUGUUUCCAACGCAUCCCAAUGCCAGGUGCCUCCUGUAAUGGCGACCUUGUUCCCAGAAUGCCUCACAGAAAGAUUCUCUGGGAUGGCGUUACCCAUGGAGGUCGGACUUCGUCUCUGCGGUCAACUCCAGUGUUACACAGGAACUGGGACCACAGUACGACUGGGUCUAACACGGUCAGAGUUUGUGUCCAGGCUAGAAUCCCUGAGGUCCGCUGGCUGGCUGGACAGACUAACGGUAGCCAUGGCAACCCAGUUCACCCUCUACAGCCCCCCCACCAACCUGUUCAACAGUGUGAACCUGAUGGCCGAGAGAUUACCUGGUGGAGCUUUGCACACCUCCGCCCGUGUCCAGUCAGCUAGGGUCUACCAUUCACCUACUGUAUGGGACUACUUCAGUAUGGCAUGUCAGCUCCUUUUUUUCCUCGUCUCUCUGGGCCAGCUCGUCCUCCAGAUCUGUUCUGCUGGAGAGAAAGGCAUGCUGGGAUACUUGAGAGACCCCCAGAGUUGGCUCCAGGCCAGUAUACUCCUGGUAACCCUGGUGUACUACAUAUACUACAUCUAUCAGUCCAUUCUGAAUCUGGAGGUCGUUGACCUGCUGCAGCUACACGACUUUAAGAUGCAUGUGGAUGUCAGCUUACUGUCUACCUGGGAACAGCACACCCAUACACUGCGUGGCAUACUGCUCUUCCUCCUGGUGGUGCGGUGUAUGUGUUUGUCGGGGGUUAACAGAACCAUGGCCGCCUCAGUGACUCUACUCAGACUCGCCUUCUCCAGACUUCUCUGGCCAAUGCUGUCAGGAGUUGUUCUGUUGGUGGCUCUGUCCUCUGUGGGAAACCUGCUGCUCCUGAGGAGGUCCUGGGGGUCCAGCUCCCUGCCCCACUCCGUCUUCACACUCCUGUCUCUCUCCAGGGGCCAAUUGGGCUCCCGGGCCCCCUCCCUGCCUGUGGCCUCUCAGCCCCACCAGCUCCACAGCCCCAACAGCCUGUCUUUGUCUUUCUACCAUGGAGCUCUCUGUCUCACCCUCACUAUGGCCUGGACAGCAGUGUUGACUGGAAUCGUCUCCUCGUUAGUGAGAGCUGCUAAACUAGCUGGUAGGAGGAGGAGCCUACUGACUCUCUGUGACGUGGUUGGCUACGUCAGGGGUCGGGCAGCUGUGCUCAUUGGCCAACGCAGACAGAGAUGGACAGAUAGCCAUGCCCACAGGAGAAGUUUUUACCUGGAGGAAUGUGAGAGCCUGGUGGAUGAGCUGCAGUUUAGACUAAAUGCCUUCUCUAACAGUCUGCACCACACCCUACAUCCUAAAGAUAUAUUCUCCCCCACCCAGAGCCCCUCCAGCCUGGCCUCACAGCGCUCUGCUGCCAGUGAAACAGCACACGUGACUGAAGAAACACUUCUCAAUGAUCCCCCUGACAUCACCAACCUCCCACUGACCUCCAGGGAACACUCACCUGACGCACACCACUACAGGUCUCAGCUUGAGUUGGAGACCCUCCACCAUCUGCAGCAGUCAGGCCAGAGGAGGCAGACCCCAGCCCCAGCUGGGGGACUCUCAAGUAGGGUUGGGCCAUCCGUCAGUCCCCUGCAUAGUGGAGCACCAGGGUGGAUCUCCCGAGAGCACCCAUCAGACAGAAACCUCCAGAUCUCCACCUCCAUAGGGGGGCCAAGCUACGUCUCCUCCCCAGAUUCGGUGCAUUUAGCUGAGGCUCGGACAUGGGACAACAUGCCUCAGAUCCAGAGCCUAACAGGCUGGAUAGAUAAUCAGCUGGUUAAGACUAUGGUUCUGGAGAAUCAGAUCAGCCACUGGACCACUGUCGGUCGGUCUGGUAAGAAGAGCCACAGAAGUCCCAGAAACACCCAAUGGGCUACAGUAGAAGGGCCAAGCUCCAGAUAUACCACUGCUUCUGGGGUGAUGGAGGGCCAUGGAGGGCCACACAGGGCUGUGGUGGAGGUUAUGGUCCAUGGGAGCCCGGAGACUGAGCCAGAAGAGGAGGGAUUCCUAGGGACAGUCAGACAGUGCUGGGGUUGACACUGUAUGUCAAGUCUAAUGAAUGAAUGAGUGAAAUAAUGAAUUAUCUUCAUCAAUAUGCUAUUCAAGAGGGAUAUUGUGAAAAAAUUAUGUUUAAAUACUCUGUGUGGAGGGAAUCAGGCUUAAUUACAAGUAUUCAGUAGGCCACUGCUUGUGUCACCAUGUCUAUUUUCAAAAACAUUAAAUAAACAAUGUGCCCUGGUUGUAAAACAAAUAAAUAAAUGGUGUGUAAAAUACAUUCUCAAAUAAAUGGUGUGCAGGAUAGGGUGAGGGGAGCGCACACUGUUUCUUGAAAGAAUGAACAUUACAACAUGGCUCACUGACUAACUAAUAUGUUUACAGGACAGCUGCAUUGUUGCAGCAAUCCAGAGACGGUCCUUGCACAAUAAAUAAAUAAA